AUGCCAGUUGCGGACAGCGACAUGGUAGUGGACAACAGCCACGGGCUAUACGAGGGUAAAACCCCAAACAGUGCCGGGAAUGAGGGCGUCCUCCCGGCCUCCCUAUGCAGUCCCGCAGCGGACAUCCUCAAGAACUUUUACCACACCAAACGCGUCGGGAACUAUCUGAUUGGGAGGAAGCUGGGAGAAGGAUCGUUCGCCAAAGUUCGCGAAGGUCUCCAUGCGAUGACCGGGGAGAAGGUUGCGGUGAAGGUGAUUGACAAGCGGAAGGCCAAGAAGGACUCGUACGUGACCAAGAACCUGCGGAGGGAGGGCCACAUCCAGCAGAUGAUCCGCCACCCCAACAUCACGCAGCUGCUGGACAUUCUGGAGACGGAGAACAGCUACUACCUGGUGAUGGAGCUGUGUCCCGGCGGGAACCUCAUGAACCGCAUCUACGACAAGAAACGCCUGGAUGAGAGGGAGACUCAGAAAUACAUCCGGCAGUUGGUGCUGGCUGUUGAGCACCUGCACAGGGCGGGUGUGGUGCACAGGGAUCUGAAGAUAGAAAACCUCCUGUUGGAUGAACAGGACAACAUAAAGCUUAUAGACUUUGGCCUCAGCAACUGCGCCGGCAUCUUGGGAUACUCAGACCCAUUCAGCACCCAGUGUGGAAGCCCCGCUUAUGCCGCCCCCGAGCUGCUCUCCAGGAAGAAGUACGGGCCGAAGGUGGAUGUCUGGUCCAUUGGCGUGAACAUGUAUGCGAUGUUGACUGGGACUCUCCCGUUCACCGUGGAGCCCUUCAGUCUCCGAGCCCUGCACCAGAAGAUGGUAGACAAGGAGAUGAACCCUCUACCUCCCUCACUCUCUACAGCUGCCAUCUGUCUCCUGAAGAAGCUUCUUGAGCCAGAUCCCAACAAGCGUCCCAAUAUCCAUCAGGUGAUGGCCGACUCCUGGCUACAGCUGGCCAACAAGAAUACAGGGGCACCGUACCUCAACAGGAUCCACAUUGAGGAAAUAAACCACACGGUGUUGCUGCAUAUGACGGAGAAAAUGGGCUACAAGCACAGCGAGGUGCUCAGCGCCGUCCUCACCAACCGCGCUUGCCACACUUUGGCUAUCUACUUCCUCCUCAAUAAGAAAAUGAAGAGACUCUCCAAAGAGUACAGGGAGAUGCAGUUCCAAGAGAAAAAGAAAGGAGAAAAGCAGAAAAACGAAUACUUCCAGACCCAGUGGAGGAAGCAUGUCGACAAGCUCACCAUACCCCCCAAACAGACGCCUGUCUACCUGGCUGUUAGCAAGGGGCCCAGUAAGGAGAAGAAACACAGAACAGGUCUAUUGCGUGCCAUAACUGGUGGCCAUCGUAAUUCACCUCUGGCACCGCCUGGCACCGUCGCUUCCUCUUCUAUGGAAUAUCUAGAGAUCCAUCCUCUCUUUCCCAACACCCCUCAGCAACGGAGGCGAUUGGCCACCCUCCCACAGGUCAAUACGAGCCCAGAACACAACAUUCCUGCUCCACCAGCACCAUCACCAAUUGGCAUGCACUCCUUCGGCUCCCUCUCGAAGGCCGAGCAAAUUGAAGACACCCCCACUUCACCCUGGUACAAGCUGACCAACGGUACUCUGUCCCCACCCCGCCACGUCUCUGCCUUCCAACCCGACUCCUCUUACUUGAAAAAGGCCACAAUCCCCAGCCCUCCAGUCCUCAUUGUCAAUCCGCAGCCCAAGAAGAGCAACUCAUCAGAUUGGUGCGGUUCAUCUGACACCAGUGGCAGCCCCCCCAGCACUGUAGGAAGCCCCCCUGGCAGCUCAGCUUUCAGCCCUCCGAAGUCCGCCUUUAGUCCGCUCAACCCCACCUCAGCUUUCAGUCCUCCUUCCAACAGCAGCAGCAGCGAUCCCGACAGCCCGACGCACCGCAACAAGUUCCCCUCUAUGGGAAUAGGACAGAUCCUAAAGAAGAAGGUCCAGCUGCAGCCGUUCACCUUCCGGCCAGAACAGGUCGUUGAGGAAGUGGUGUCACCACCUCCCUACCCCAUGCAGACUCUCCUUUGCGCUUCAGGUGCACUCAAGACCCUCUGCUGAGGGAUUCAAGAAGAGAGAAAAUGAGAGAAAGACAGACUGAACUCAAGGCCCCUGUCAACGUUUUAUUUAAGUUGGAGAGGUCUUCCAGAGCGGCCUUUUGAACUGUGAACUGUCCCUUUAUUGCGACUAUGCCACUUUUCACGACAGACUUGAUCCUUCAAAUAAGAAAAGAGAAGAAAAAGCAAAAGGGGCUUGAGUGAGAAUAUAUAAUAUUUUACCUCUCGGUACCGCUGUCGUUACGUACUAAGAGGUGGUGAUAGUGAGAAGAUGAGAUUUGAAACAGGUCCCAUAGCAAUGACUAAACUUUGCUGUGUCCUAGAUAGUGUGGACAUGGAACAUCAUGUGAUAGGGGCCUUGCCAGCGAGGUGUACACGCACACGCACACGCAUACACACAAAACACUGUAUAAUAGACUGAGUUAAGAGAUACUCUCUAAUGUAGUACUGCUGUAACUGGUUACUAAUUGAGCCGCGAACUGAUUCACACCAGCUAACAGACCCCAACUCUUACCCCUAACCCCGAUUACGUGUAUAAAUGUUCUGUCUCUGUGAAAACUCUCUUAAGCUACCCACUGACUUCCAGCCAGCUGGCACCGUAUCCUCAAUGCUGACUGGACGAAGAAGCUCACUGCACUAUUCUUGAAAACCAAAACCUAUAGUAACAACGGUGUUUACCAUCUUUUACCUCACUGCAUUAUUCAUACAUUGAUGUAUAACCGCAGUUGGUCGCGACAUGCUUGUGCGGAUUUUGCCACAGUGUUGCAGUGUCUGAGCGUUAGUGCCAUUAGAAUCAGCGCACGGAAAUAUAAAGUAGGCACCAAGAGUAGCAUUUAUAGCAUUCUCAUAAACUGUCAUUCAACACUGAUAAUAAUUCACAGUUAUAACUUUUUAUACACAAGUGUUACAUCACCUCUUCCACAGGGAGAACCAAACUAUAAAAGUCUUAGUUACGACUUUCUCACAGCUGGACAUCCCUAUUCAUAGUCAGUUUUGAAAAAAAGAAAAUAAGAAAGAUAAAAAAUAGAGCAUCAAAGGCCUUAUGAAACUGAUCAACCUCGCCAAAGCCUGAGGGCAUGAAGGUGGGAAAAACAGCAACUAGGAUCACGUAACAUCCAUGAAAGUAAUUCACUUCCUUUUGUCUUAAUGCUGUAGUUGUGCAAUAGUCUUAAGUGUUAACUGCAAUGACGAGUAUUUGCCAAGAGCUCUCCGAGAGUGGUGUGAAAAUUGUGCUUGUAAAUAUCAGUACGACUCCUGUGUUCCUGUCACUUAUGGCGUUUCCUUAUGAAGGGAUUCUAAAAUGUUUGUUGAGCCGACUUUUUCGCAUCUUAGUCGCUUUAUAAAACUAUUUGCCUCUAAAAAAUGGCUUCCACUGGCACACAAGGCUUCUUACUGUUAAGAUACUGUGGAAUCUCUUCCUUUCCAAAUGAAAAGUUGCAUGCAAUGUUUCACGAGUCGAACUGUUCUGUCAAAAUUUGAAAUUACGUCUUUGUACCUUUUUUUUUUCCUGGUUGAUACUGAGAUUGAUACAGACUCGGGGGUCUUUUUUAAGAUUUUGUAAUGGAUGGUUUUCUUUUGAGUGUCAAGAGAUUUCUAUGCUGUAUGAAGUAUUUUAAAUAUUUAUACGGAAUCCAUUAUGUGUCUGUCU